GGCAUCUGCACCGGUCAUCGUGCGCUUGCAAUAAAACAGGUCUCAUCACUUGCUCGCCACACAUCUCAGGCACACAGAGAAAUGCCCUUCACGCCAAAGGUACCCAACACACAUCACUAAGCAGUCCGUCAGCAUGCAAAAACGUACGAAGGGACACACCGCCACACGCACACGGCACUGACCGCCCGUCCCCGACGAACACUCACAGGAUGGCUAAGAGCCUGUACUCGAUGUACAGGUCCUUUCCAGUGGAGCUGAGUCUGCCCGGCUUGAUGACCCGCCGCACCUCACCCACACGCAUGUCAGUGACGACCUCCUGCCACCACUCAGCAAACCCAGACACACAUAAGACCCGCCCACGGUCCUCGCCUAUCUUGUCUUGUCCGUCGAAGUCGUCACGCCACUGGAUGAAGUCAUACUUGACGCGCUGGCCACGGGUCGGUUUUGGUCCACUGCCAUGCUGCACGACUUGAUGGAAGACACCCGACGGCAACCGAACAAACAUCCGCUGCGUGAGGCCAUCGCCACUGCAAUGGUAAACAGGACGACAGAUGGCGACACCAGCCCGGCCUGUUGCUGCCCUCGAACUGCACACCUGGUGUCUGAGAUGACUAUGUCUGUCUCGACGCCGUACAUGGCCGCGUUGAUGUUGAAGGCUACCUGCUCAGUCUCACUGGCCAUUGUCAGCACCACAGCCAUGUCGGCCGCCGACGCGCCGAGCCGUUUGCGGCGGUAGUGGUCGACCAUACGGCCGAUGUGGUCGGGCUGCACCACCUCGACGGGCCGAGGCCACCUACACACAAAGGCACACACACGCACACACAGGCAGCCAUCGGUGGGUAUCUCUGUCAUUGUCAGGCUGUUCAUGUGUGGCUGACAUAUCGAAGCGGUUAUUGAGCUUGUCGUUCAUUUCGUCGACGGUGGACUGUGUGGUGGCGAUGGCGUGGCCGCAGACCCUCACUGACCGAAUGGGAUCCUCGCCACUCAGAGGCGCCAGGAAUGGCGUGACGGCCUGGUCGCACACAGACACACAAACAGGGCGCAACAGAUGAACAGCUCCCCUCUCUCCCCCCAUCCUGUGUGUCACCUUGAUCUCGUUGUCGAGGUUUGUGUAUCGUCGCUUGGCGGCCUCCAGCUGCCCCUCCAGCCGGGCCGUCUCUGUGUUGGCUGCCCUCACGAUGGCCUCCACGGCGCUGACCAGGGACCCACUGUGGGCGGGAAGGCUCUCGGCCGAUAUGUUGGGCUCGCCAUCGGCAGUCGGAGGGGCGUCUGAGGCCGCUUUGUCGAGCGGCGACAGCAGCAGCUUGACCCAGAAGUCAUGCAAACCUGCACCACACAGCCCAAUAGAAGCGUAGCUGACCUCGCGGCGCCUCUGCUCACCUCUGUAGUCCCGCUUGGUGGCCUCAUGCAGCAGGUGGCCGACCGACGCCGCCCUGCCUGCGCUGCGAAGCGUCACGGCGUCGAGGAUUGCCUUGUGGAUGGCCUUAAAGGCCUCUGGGCAAACGUCCACGAAGAUCCUCUGCUUGUCGUCCUUCCUCAGCCGGCCGUCCCAGCAGCCCGAGAACAGCGCCGCCAGCAGAGUGCCCUCCACGCUGUCGCCCUCCGUCAUGUGCUUGCGGCUCACAUGACACUCGACGCCGCCCACACUCAGUGUCAGCUCGUCAUCGGGCGAUGCGCUUGACGGGUCGGAGGCGCCGUGUUUCUGCCUCUCUCGAUGGGCGGCAUCGUCGGCUUGGCGGAUCUGGGCAUGCAGCUGGCCGAUGGCGUCGCCGAUGGCGGUGACAGGCACGUGCAGCCUAUCGAGAAUCGCAAUGGCGCUGAACUUGCGAGCGGCCAAGUCGGCGUCCAUCGUCGCUGCUCAACAGAUCUCUCAGACCUCUCUGUGGUGAGCACCUGAAUGUCACACAGACAAACGGGAUGAAUAGAUCUUGUUCUUGUUGACUGCUGUGUCACACCCUUGCCUCACCUGAUGACAUCAGGGCGUCAGAUGAUGCCAAGAUCUCCUCCG